AUGAAGCUCACCACCCUCACCCUCGUCUCAACCCUCACCACUCUCUCCAUCGCCACCCCCGUCCUCCACUGGCCCCGCCAAGUCAACGACACCACCCUCCCCAUCACCAAUGGAACUGCCCUUACUGCUCCCACCACCGAAGCCGCAGUCGAUGCCGAACCCGUUGACGCCACCACCGACCUCACCAUGGCCACCAACACAAACAUAAUGUCCAGCCUCAUGGCCAUCAAGCUCCUAGACGCUGUCCUCGGCGUGGCGCUCGGUGAAGUUUUGGUUCUCAAUUUGGGCGCCUACGUCCAGCGGUUCAACGCAAUGAUGAACGCUGGGAUGGGGAUGGUGGGGCAGGCUGGGGUUGUUGAGGAGGAGGGGAAGGGGGUUGUUGAACCUAUGAAGCCGGAGGCUGUGAUGGGGGAGAUUGUUGAUGAGGUUGAGGCUGCUGUUGAGGAUGUUGAGGUUGAGGCUGCCGAACCUGUGGUUGGGAACGAGGAAGGUGUUGAGGCUGGGGCUGAGGCUAUGAUGAUGGGGGCUUAG